AUGGCACCCUGGUACUCCAUCACCAGGUUACCAUGGCACCCCGGCAUCCCAGCACCCCAGCACCAGGGCACCCCACCACCAUGGCAUUCCAGCAUCCCAUCACCAGGGCACCCCGGUACUCCAUCACCAGGUUACCAUGGCACUCUGGCACCCCAGCACCAUGGCACCCCAUCACCAGGGCACCCCAGUACCAGGGCACCGUGGUACCCUGGUGCUCCAGCACCAGGUAACCAUGGCACCCCGGCGUCCCAGCACCCCAGCACCAUGGCACCCCACCACCAUGGCACCCCAGCAUCCCAGCACCAGGGCACCCCGGCAUCCCAGCACCCGGUACCCCGGUACUCCAUCACCAGGUAA